GGUCAGCACAUUUGUCCAUUGAGAAGUCUUCCAUUUGGGUUUGCUCUCUCUAUGGGCUGCUCUAUGAGCCAGAGCCCGUGCUGGCAUAAGGUCAGCUUAAUCUCCAUCAAUUGCAAAGUAGUUAAUGAAAUGGCUGAAACAGUUUUCGUUAACUAUCUUAGUUGGCCGAGGGGCAGAUUUUGCUAAAGCACAUUGAAGGUCGGUAUCUAACGUUCAUUCGAGUAUUAUGAGGAGCGCGUACCUUUUGACAGACCCUUGGGGUACGCGUACCCCAGGUUGAAAACGCCUGCGCUAGAGACUGCAAAGUUUCGUUCGAAUCCUGAGAAUGGAAGUUCAGGAUUUCUGUGGACAUCAACCUUGCUAAAAGCAAUGCUUUGUGACAUGAUCGGAGUCGUGGAGGCAAUGUGGUCGGAGAGGGAAGACAACGCGUUACUGUGCGUGCCCGGAAACUUGAUGAUCUGGUGAUACUAUCGUCUGCUUCAGAAUCUUCCGAUGCAACGUCAAGUUGAGGCGGGGCAUGCAUGGCAAGCAUCUGCCACAAGAUGUUAAGGCUUAACCACAAGGGAUUCCGAGGAUAUGUUCAAAUUUCAAGGCCUUGUUUCUCUAGACAAAUAUCUUCUUCAAAGAGUUGCCUUACCAGAGAUAACGGAAAAUGGGUGUGCAAGUUGUUUACUGACGAAAAACUGUACGUCUAUGGGCACAAAGUAGGGACUAAACACACAACCGGACAUUUCACCCUAAAUUCCCGGAAACCCAUCUCUGCUGAUAUUAUGGGACGAGCUCUGAAGCACUUGACCAGGAGAUUCCCUCCUUAUCACCUCAGAAUUAGAGAAAGAGAUGGUGAUCUAUGGUUUUUCAAAUCAGAUAGUGACGUUAAGCUCGAUAUCAAGGUGUGUGAAAAGGGAACACCGAAGCAUCAAGCUAUCGAUGAGAUUAAUCGACCUUUUGAUGAAGCGAAUGGUCCAAUGAGCAGGUACGUAAUGAUUCCAGCUGAUGACAAUGACCCUUGCCCUUUUCCCGACUUGAAGACGAAAUACCCUUACCAGUAUUAUUUACUCGACUGUCCACACCAUGCAGUCACUGAUGGACUUACUGCUUCGUUGUUUGCGAGUAACGUACCAAGUAUGCUAAGUACCAUCUUGGAGGGUAAAGAGAUAGAUGACUCUCCAUUAGGCGAGUACAAAUCCAAUGAAGAGUGUAUAAGCAUUUACGAGCAAUAUGCACAAGAAUUUCUUCAAAAUCAUGAUGAGCUGACACACUUGAAAAACGAGAUUUCAAGAGCAAACAAGCAGCCACUCCUUCUCGAAGCUUUUCCACCUCCCAGGGUAGAAACACCAUGUACUCGACAUAUUAAGACGGAAUUGGAUGCAACUUCUGUCAAAAAUAUCUCGGUAAAGUGCAAGGAGAGAGGAAUCACUUUUGGUAAUGUCUUUCAAGGCAUUACAACAACUGCCUUAGUAGAACUGGUGCAGGAAGCUGGUGUGAUUAAAGAUGCUUACGACAUUAGCGUUUUGUACAAUGCUGAUAUACGCCGUUAUUUGAAGAAAGAAGCCAAACCGAUUUUGGGAUUACACAUGAGGAAAAUGAACGCAGUGUAUUCAGUCGACAGAAAUGUCAGGGAUCAGUUCUGGAGUAAUUGCACCAAGAUUCAAUCGCUGAACCGAGACCUCCUGAAAAACAAGUCCAUAAUCAAACAAGAAGUUGUUCGUCAAUUAUUUUUGCCUUACACUCCGCCUGAGGAUUUCUACAAAUCUAAGCCUGAAUUAACGGUGGAUUUUCAGUACAAUAACAUUGGGAAUUUGAGAGACCUUGGCGGCAAUGAACAAGUCAUUUUUACAAAUGCAGAAAAUUAUUUCCAAAUGCACCUUUCCAAGUUUCCAUUUUAUCAUCAGCUGCUCAGUUUUAAGGAAAACGUGAUAAGCAUUCUCAGUUAUGCUACAGAUUCAGUAACAGAUCAGACAGCUUUAGCGCUUGUCGAGAAAAUUAAAUGUGUUUUCAAACACUUCAGUGAAUAAAAUGACAAGUUUGGGUAAUCAUUGGAUGUAGUUUUGAGGAAAUCUUUUACUGUGUGUUUUGUUUACACGACAUAUGCUAUAACCUGGAAAUUGAAGGUUGGGGAAUUUCGGCUGUCAAGCACUGGAACACAUGGACUAUUCAGUGCUAAAGGCAGUGAAAAGUAGUUGGAGUAUUUAUACAGCAGCAUAAAAAGAUCCACAACAUAAUGAAGAUGGCAUAUGAAGACCUAAAUGUGAAACUGAGUGAAAACUCUUAUGUAUGUUUGCUUAAUCAUAAGUUAAGGAGGGUAGGACACUGUCAUUGUAUGCCUCGUGUGUUGAUUAAGAUGUUACUUAAUUACCGUUGGAAAUCCCUUAUUGUUAACGUGUUUACAUAUUGAGUAUUGCCAAGCAUUGCUAUGUAUGUAUAAGUAUUGCAAUGCUCUUCUCUGUUUGAUAUUGAGGCCGACCUAAACUAUCUUAUACUACCCCGUGGAGUACGAUUUUGUUAGUUCUACCUUAUGUAUUAAGAAUAGAGUGUCAUUGUUGGCUAAGUUCUGAUAUUUGUGACGUCAACGUCUUGUCCAGUGCUGACCUGUGUUGUUACAGAAAAGACAAACCAAACCUGUUUUGGGGCUACACAUAAGGAAAAUGACUGCAGCAUAUUCUGUUAAUGGAAAUCUCAGUGAUUAGUUCUGGAGUAAUUGCAUUUAGAUUCAAUUGCUGAACCAAUAGCUCAUCAAAAGCAAGUCCGUAAUGGAACAAUAAGUUGUUCAUCAAUUAUAUUUUCCAUUUACUCCACCUGAGGAUUUUUAGAAAUUUAAGCCUGAGUUAAUAUCUGAUUUUCAGUACAAUAACGUGAGGAAUUUGUGAGACCAUGACAACACUGAACAAGUAACUCUUAACAAAUGUAGGAAAUUGCUUCCAAGUACAACUUCCCAAGUUUCAUUUUAUCAUCAGCUCCUCAAUUUAAAGGGUACGGUGAUAACCAUUCUCAGUUAUGCUGCAUAUUUUGUAGUAGGUGAGACAGCUUUUUGUCUUGCAGAGAAAAUGAAAUGUUUGGGUAAUUCUUGGAUAUAAUUCUAAGGAAGUUUUUUUUUAUAUAUAUUUUGUUUACACGACAUAUGACAUAUGCUAGGAAUUAAAGUUUAUGGAAUUUAGGCUGUCCAGCUAAGCACUUGAACUCUUGGACCAUUCAGUCCGUAAGGCGGUGAAAAGAUGUCCUUGACAUAUUUUGACAAUAGGAUAAAAAGAUCCACAGAAGAAAGAUGACGUAUGGAAACCUAAAUGUGGAGUUAGGAGAAAACACUUGCAUGUGUUUGCUUAGUUAUAAGUUAAAAGGCGGGAGGUUGUCUUUCAUUUGACAGCUCAAGAUGUUAUUUAAUUAGAGAGGGAAUUCUCGUAUACUGAAUGUGUUCAAAUCUUGAGUAUUGCUAAGUAUUGCUUAGUAUAUACAAGUAUUGUAAUUUUGUUUUUUGUUUUUUAUUGAUUCCUGUUUGAACUCCCUCAAACUACCUCACAGACUAUGAUUAUGUGAGUAGUACCUCAUGUGACAGGGUGCGAUUACUUAUUGUCUGCUAAGCUCUGAUGCUCAAAUGUUUUUAGUUGUGUCGUUUACGAUCUCAUGAGCUUGUAUUAUUUUCUCUUGUCUCAAGCUACGAUGUAAUCAUCAUAAUAAACUGCUAAUGAA